GCCCCAGCCCCAACCCAGGACCUCGCCAGGCCUCUACCACCUUCAUCUCCACAGGACAGUCGUCUCAACCAGGCUGAAAUAUGGCACAAGCCGCCAAACAUCUCGUGAAGAACAAGGAAUUAAAAAUCCAGCUCGAGGCGGAGCGCCUGCAGAAGGAGGAGGAGAAGGCCAAGAAGAGGAACCGAUCGCGGGAUAAAAAGCGCAAGGCUGAUGCUGUCAGUAGUUUUCUGCGGGCGGCUCGUUCUGGUAACAUGGACAAGGCCAUUGACCACAUAAAGAAUGGCAUAGACAUCAACACAGCCAAUCAGAACGGGCUGAACGGGUUGCAUCUGGCCUCUAAAGAAGGCCACGUUAAAAUGGUGCUGGAGUUACUACAUGGAGGAAUCGAUGUGGAAACCCAGACUAAGAAAGGCAACACAGCUCUGCACAUUGCUGCCCUGGCUGGGCAGGAGCAAGUGGUGGCAGAGCUGGUAAAUUACGGGGCCAACAUCAAUGCCCAGUCCCAGGUGAGACCCCAGCCAGUGUCGGAUGAGACCCCGACCCCCCUGGCAGAGCCCCCCGCAGAGGAGCCACCAGCCACAACGGAUAACCAUACAAAGGGCUUCACUCCGCUCUACAUGGCCUCACAAGAGAAUCAUCUAGAAGUUGUGAAGUUCCUUUUGGAGAACGGGGCCAAUCAAAGCCUUCCCACUGAGGAUGGCUUCACCCCUCUCGCCGUGGCUCUUCAGCAGGGACAUGAGAAUGUCGUGGCCCUGCUCAUCAACUAUGGCACCAAGGGAAAAGUCCGUCUCCCCGCGCUGCACAUAGCAGCGCGGAAUGAUGACACACGCACAGCUGCCGUGCUUCUACAGAACGACCCUAACGCAGACGUCCUGAGCAAGACAGGCUUCACACCGCUCCAUAUCGCCGCACACUACGAGAACCUGAACGUAGCCCAAUUGUUGCUCAACAGAGGAGCCAAUGUCAAUUUCACCCCUAAGAAUGGCAUCACACCUUUGCACAUCGCAUCCAGGCGGGGGAACGUGAUCAUGGUACGACUCCUGCUGGACCGAGGGGCACAGAUUGAUGCCAAGACCAAGGAUGAGUUGACUCCACUGCACUGUGCAGCCAGGAAUGGACACGUGAGGAUCAUUGAGAUCCUACUGGACCAAGGGGCUCCCAUCCAGGCCAAGACCAAGAACGGCCUGUCUCCCAUCCACAUGUCAGCACAGGGGGACCACAUGGACUGUGUGAGACAACUCCUGCAAUACAACGCUGAGAUUGAUGACAUCACAUUGGACCACCUGACCCCCCUGCACGUGGCAGCCCACUGUGGGCACCACCGCAUGGCCAAAGUGCUGCUGGACAAGGGAGCAAAACCCAACUCCCGUGCACUGAAUGGUUUCACUCCGCUUCACAUUGCCUGUAAGAAGAACCACAUGCGUGUGAUGGACCACCUGCUCAAACACUCAGCGUCCCUAGAGGCUGUGACAGAGUCUGGCCUGACUCCUCUACACGUGGCCUCGUUCAUGGGCCACCGCAAAAUAGUCACCCAUCUGGUACAGAAGGGGGCUUCUCCUAGUGCUUCCAAUGUAAAAGUGGAGACUCCUCUCCACAUGGCAUGUAGAGCUGGACACUAUGAGGUGGCAGACUUCUUACUGACCAAUGCAGCACCAGUAGACGCCAAGGCAAAGGAUGACCAGACACCACUCCACUGUGCGUGUCGGAUGGGCCACAAGGAGCUGGUCACUCUGCUGCUGGAACACAAGGCCAACCCCAACUCCACCACCACAGCCGGACACACACCCCUCCACAUCGCUGCCCGUGAGGGACACACUCAGACUACACGCAUCCUACUGGACAUGGAGGCCCAGCAGACCAAAAUGACCAAGAAAGGCUUCACUCCUCUCCAUGUGGCUUCUAAAUAUGGCAAAGUGGACGUGGCAGAGCUGCUGCUGGAGAGAGGGGCCAACCCUAACGCUUCUGGCAAGAAUGGACUGACUUCUCUCCAUGUGGCUGUCCAUCACAACAACCUGGACGUGGUUAAUCUGCUGGUCAGCAAGGGAGGCUCCCCACACAGUGCAGCUAGGAAUGGCUACACCCCUCUCCACAUAGCUUCCAAGCAGAACCAGGUGGAGGUUGCCAACAGCCUGCUGCAGUACGGCGCCUCGGCCAAUGCUGAAUCCCUCCAGGGGGUCACGCCCCUUCACCUGGCAGCUCAGGAGGGCCGGCCUGACAUGGUGGCCCUGCUCAUCUCCAAACAGGCCAAUGUCAACCUGGGGAACAAGAGUGGACUGACUCCUCUCCACCUGGUGGCACAGGAAGGCCACGUGGGCAUCGCUGACAUCCUGGUGAAGCAAGGGGCAUCAGUGUAUGCUGCCACACGGAUGGGAUACACCCCUCUCCAUGUUGCCUGCCACUAUGGCAAUGUAAAGAUGGUGAAGUUCCUCCUGCAGCAGCAGUCCAAUGUCAACAGCAAGACCAAGGUUGGUUACACUGCACUGCACCAGGCAGCCCAACAGGGCCACACAGAUAUCGUCACCUUAUUGCUCAAACAUGGAGCCCCGCCCAACGAGGUCACCACUAACGGUACGUCAGCCCUGUCCAUCGCCAAGCGGUUGGGGUACAUCUCCGUAAUCGACGUUCUCAAACUGGUCACAGAGGAGACGGUUUCCAUUACCACCACAGAGAAACAUCGUAUGAGUUUCCCAGAAACAGUGGAUGAGAUAUUGGACGUAUCAGAGGAUGAAGGAAUUGCACAGCUAACAAUGGGGGAGGAGCUGUUGGGGACAGAAGGAGCCAGGUACAUGAAGAUGGAUGACUUGAAGGACCAUGAUGACGAUUUCCUGUCACCCAAGAAAUCUAUGGACAACUACUCGCCUGCCAUUCCCAGGAUCCCUUGUGUAUCCCCAGAGAUGGUCCACCUAAAGGAGCAUGAGAUGGAGCAGGUACACACUCCAAUGCCAUUACAUAGGGAGUAUGAUGACGACUCCCUGAUCCCCAGCAGCCCAGCUACAGAGACUUCUGACAACGUCAGUCCUGUGGCCAGCCCCAUACACACAGGGUUCCUAGUGAGUUUCAUGGUGGAUGCUCGGGGUGGCUCGAUGCGAGGCAGCAGACACAACGGUCUGCGUGUCAUCAUCCCUCCACGGACCUGUGCCGCCCCCACACGUAUAACCUGCCGUCUGGUCAAGCCCCAGAAGCUCCCCACCCCUCCCCCCCUGGUGGAGGGAGAGGGCCUGGCCAGCCGUAUCAUCUCUCUGGGCCCAGCCAGCAUGCAGUUCCUAGGGCCUGUGAUCGUGGAGAUCCCACACUUUGCAGCCCUGGGUCGAGGGGACCGGGAGCUGGUGGUUCUGAGGAGUGAGAAUGGCUCUGUUUGGAAGGAACACCGCAAUCGCUACGGGGACGAUGUGCUGGAGACUAUCCUCAAUGGGAUGGAUGAAGAUCUGGAGAGCCAAGAGGAGCUUGGGAAGAAGCGUAUCCGACGAAUCAUCUCCACUGACUUCCCCCUCUACUUUGCUGUGGUGUCGCGUGUCCAGCAGGAGAGUGACCUGAUUGGCCCAGAGGGGGGUCAACUGACCAGUAAGCUGGUGCCGAUGGUCCAGGCUACGUUCCCUGAGACAGCGGUCACCAAGCGAGUCCGUCUGGGCCUGCAGGCCCAACCAGUCCCAGACGAGCUGGUUGCCAAGCUGCUGGGUAACCAGGCAACCUUCAGCCCCGUGGUGACUGUGGAGCCACGGCGACGCAAGUUCCACCGGCCCAUCGGCCUGUGCAUCCCCCUGCCCCCCUCCUGGAGAGAGAGCCCCCGGGACUCUGGGGAGGGGGACACCACCAGCCUGCGCCUGCUGUGCAGUGUCAUCGGUGGCACAGCCCCAGCCCAGUGGGAGGACAUCACUGGUACCACCAAGCUCAUAUAUAGCAAAGACUGUGCCAACUUCACAACCAAUGUGUCGGCACGGUUCUGGCUGGCUGACUGUCCUAGGACAGCCGAGGCUGUGUCUUUCUCCAACCUCCUGUAUCGAGAGCUCUCAGCUGUGCCCUACAUGGCCAAGUUUGUGGUGUUUGCCAAGAUGAACGAGGUCCGUGAGGGCCGCCUGCGCUGCUACUGCAUGACUGAUGACAAGAUGGACAAAACCCUGGAGCAACACGAGAACUUCAGUGAGGUGGCCCGCAGUCGUGACAUCGAGGUGAUGGAGGGAAUGCCACUGCACCUGGAGUGUUCUGGGAACCUGGUUCCAGUGAGGAAGGCUACCCAGCAGCCUCGCUGUUUCAGCUUCCAGGCCUUCAAAGACAACAGACUCCCCGUCUCAGUCAAGGUGAGAGACAGUAGCAAGGAUCAUUCUGGAUUCCUGUCCUUCCUACGCAAGUCUACCAAGUACGAAGACAGCCAACAUGUGCUGUGCAACCUCAACAUUACCAUGCCCCCGUGUAUCAAGGCUGCUGGUAGUGAAGACCGGAGGCGAACUCUGACCCCAUUAGCCCUGCGAGAGAGAUACAGCGCCAUGAAUGAGCCUGCCAUGGGUAAAGCAUCAAUGAGUGCCAUGGAAAGGACAGAGUUGAAGAUGGCUUUGAUAGCUGAACAGUUGGGACUGAGCUGGGCUGAGCUGGCGAGGGAGCUACAGUUCAGUGUAGAUGACAUUAAUAAGAUCCGUGUGGAGAAUCCUAACUCCCUAUUGGAGCAGAGUUCUGCCCUGCUCAACCUAUGGGCCACCCGUGAGGGCAAGAGAGCCAAGAUGGAUAGUUUGUAUACAGCUCUGAAGAGUAUUGACCGGAUGGACAUAGUGAACAUGUUGGAGGGCCAGGGGCCACAGCCUGCAGGGAGGCAGGCCCGGGAGUCAAGCAGACGCAGACACAACGAGACUGACCACGUCUCCCCCAGCCUGAGCAAUGGUUACGGGCUGAUGCAGGAGGAGCUGCUCUCCCCUCCCUCCAUGCAGUACAGCCUGCCCUCCCCGCUGGGCAACGAGCCCUACUGGCAGGAAGUCUCCAGUCUGGAGUGUGCUCCAAUGGCCACCACUGAGGAGGACACGCUCAUGGAGAUGUCCGAUGUGCAGGUGUGGCCCUCUGGCAACAGCCCCUCCCUAGUGGCCGUGGAGGACUCCUCGCUGGAGUGCAGCAAUGCCGACGACUCGGAGGGGCUGCUGGGGCUGCCGUAUGGGAGCCUGGUCCGGCCGGGCAGUGGGGCCAGCGGUGGGGGGCUGAGUGGAUCUAUGGAGCUGGUGGAGGACAAUUCAGAGAUGGGGGCUGUUGACUCAUUCAGCACCGCCACACAUGCCACCCCUGCCUCGUUCAGCACCGCCACCCCUGCCACCCCUGCCUCGUUCAGCACCGCCACACCUGCCACCCCUGCCACCCCUGCCACCCCUGCCUCGUUCAGCACCGCCACCCCUGCCACACCUUCUUUGUUCGGAGGCACCAUCGCCGCCGCGGUCAACAACAUUAAUGGGCUGGACAAAGGUCAAGUGUCAAAUGUCGUGAGGUCGGAGGCAGCAGCGGUCGGAGGCAACAUGACGGGUGGAGAUGGAGCUGGAGGAGGAGAAGGAGGAGGGACAGGCUCAGAGGAAGGGCUUUCUCUUGUUGCAGGACAACAGCAGCGGGUGUACGCCCGGCUGAGCGAGUCGCCCGGUCUGAGCCGCGUGGCAGAUCGUAACGGAGACAGGUCCAGUGGUGGCAGUGGUGGUAGUGGAGGCAGAGGUGGUGGAGGCUCUUUCCUGUCCUACCUGCAGGAGCAGUCGGGUCCAGGCUGGCAACCUGUCACAGACCACACUCAGGCCUGGGUGGGCUCGCAGACAGCCAAACCCAGGCAGGCCAUGGACUCGAUGAUGUCAUCAGUACGCGCCGCCAUGGACAUGGACCCCAGCCAGUCCCGCGUGUCCCAAGAGGCCUUGCUUCAGCCAGUGCGUGACAUGGGGCACACGGAGAUCCUGCGUGGGCACUUCAGAGGCACCCAGCCAUUUGAGAAGGGCCUGGGGUUCCCUCACAGGGUGCCAGAGCUGCGGAACUGGGACGAAGUACGCCUGAGGGGGCAGGGUGACGAGGCCAAGGAUCUCCCAGGGGAACAAGUGAGCGAGGAGCAGUUCACAGACGAGCACGGAAACAUUGUCACCAAGAAGAUUGUGAGGAAAGUGGUGCGCAGGGGGAAGGGCUCAGGUGAUGAGGGGUGUCAGGAGCGUUCAGUGGGCGUGGAUGGCUCUCUGCAGGAUGAGCUGGAGGCUGAAGCGGAGCAGUUCAUGAACUACGCCGUCCUGAGCAGCAAGCCGGAUAUUGUGGAUGUGAAGAAGGGUGCUCAGAUAGUGAAAUGUGCCAGUCUGCGGAGAGUAAAGCAGUGAGGCAUGCAGACAGAGUGGCAGAGUGACACGUCCCCGCAGGAGUUGAACCCCACACCAAAACAACCCUACUUAGACACAUGACCGGCAGCAGGAGACAGGGGGAAGAGUGCACAUGAAGAGGAGUGUAAUAAUGGAGAUAAAAGAAGAGAGAUCUGAAUGACAAAACACCAACUUCAUGAUAACGACAACCACAACGCCACCGCGAUGAUCAGCACGCACCGGAGAAGGAAAUGGAUUUUACUUGUAGUUUUCGUACUUUUUUUUUUUUUAAAGAAACAAAUCAAAAAAACAUUAACUACUAGGCUAGAAGCAUGAUUUCGUAUAAAACAAAAACAAAACAGAGACAACAAAAAAACUAGCAACCAAAAUGUGCUUCCUGUUAUAUGUAUCAGCAUGAAUGACUGCUGGCGCAUGGCCUGUCUUUAACUACAGUACUAGGGGUUAUGGGAGGGGGGACCACUCCCAUGUGGGAUGGGAGGUCAUGAUGAGGUGUAGGGAAAGGUGAAUAUGUCAUACAUCCCUUUCCUGAAGAAAAAGGGCAGUGUUUGUUUGUGAAACUUCUGAAAAGGGAGUCUGUUAAAUACUCUGAAUUAUCUCUAGGCAAAGGUUUGCUCCCCUCUCCCUGUCACACUAAUCAAACUCUUCUAGCAAACAAACAAACAUCACCACAGGCUAGUUUCAGCCUUAUGUCCCACUGUCCCACUCCAGUAGCCUACACUUAGGAUUUUGGUGUUGUACAUACUAUAUGCACUUAAAUGAUACGUGACUGAGUGUUACGUGUGUUUUAUGUCACAAAAACCUUAUGCGAUGCUGAUGAUGAUGCUGCUGUUUCAGAUCUGCCCUGGUUUUCUUGUUUGGAUAACUCUAUGUGCAUAUUCUAUAUAUCUUGAUCUGUGUGGACAUAAGAACAAACAAAACAAUAUUUGUGUCAUUCUGCCUGUUUUAUCUGUCAGUUUUUGUUUGUCUGGUUAUUUGUUAUUUUGUGAUUUUCAUGUGCACCCUCCCUUUGCUCCCUUCAUCUCACCUACAGGGCAUUAUUGGCUUCAGAAACAUUUCAUAGUUCUUUGUGUUUUAGGAAGAGGAGUUUCUGUGUUGACUUGCAUCCCCAACCCCAUAACCAACCUCCCCCAGAGUGGUUUGUGUGUUUCCAAGGUGAAAGUUAUUGGAGUAAAUGCUGGUGCGAUUAUUAGGACUAUGAAUAGGCCUUUCCCCUACCCUACAGUAUGUGUACAGCUAUUGUCUAGUUUGUCUGGUGGAUCCUGUCACCACCAUCUCCUGUAUGCAGCCCACUUCAGGCAUCUAUACACCCCAUCCUCCCCACACUCCCCCGUCCCUCUCAAUGUGGAUGUAGCAGUCCUGUCCUGUCCCUAUCGAUGUGGAUGUAGUAGUCCUGUCCUCUACCAGCAGGGGUCAGGGUUUCCUAAUAAUUAAUGUAGCAUCUCCCCUCUGUUGUGUCUGUCCAACAGCGACAGUGUUUCUGUCUGAUAGCACAGGAUAUAUCCAAGAAAGAGUUUACAGAUCAUCUCAGCACAUACCCGUCAUUCGAUAAGGGUAAAUAAGUAACUUGACCACCAUAGGCAAUAAUGUAGCUUUGGUUAAGCUGGUUACAGGUGAGAGUCAGCGCCAGAGAGAGGAACGUAGCUACUGAGAUUUGUAAGUGUUGGGAUUGUAAGUGUUGUUUGUAUUGUUGGCAACUCUCAGAAGUGUAGCGAAGACAGCCAGCCACCAAUCACUGUGAUAAAAAACUGUAAUAUUGACCCCACAACUGUGAGCCCACACAAACCCACCCCAAACCUUGCUCCUGUCCUCUCACCCCUCUCUUCAUGUCUGUACAACCCUACCCUGUUUCCCAUCAGAAAUGUAUUGUUGGAUGUUUGUUUAAAGGAAAGCAAUAACUUUGGUUGAAGGAGUAGGUCUUUGUGUGUGUGUGUGUGUGUGUACUAUGAUCCCCUUGAUCACUCACUACUUUGACUUUAGAUGUACUGUCUGAUCAGGAGAUAUGCCAGAACCCGAGUAACCCACUUGCUAUCCACUUGACCUGCAUGGAACAGAAAGAGUUUUGGUUGUGUAAAGUAGACCAAGGAGACUGGUUAUGGGUUGUUGGAGAGUUCUCUUAAUCCAAAUGUUUUUCUCCCAGUCCCAACAGUGUUUAUUUUUUGUGUGUGUGAUUGUGUGUGUUUGAAGGUUGGGGGGGCAAGGAAUCUAACUUCAUACCAGCCAUUCCCUGAGUUUUAUGCAAGCUGUCAAAUGUCUCAUUUUCAAACUCAUCAAGGGAAUGUAGCAACACUGAAAAACAGCUAAAAGUGUCCACUCAUUGUUGAUUUAAGCCUUAAUGACAUUCAUAUUUUACUUUAAGGAAACAUUUGAAUGUUGUGUGCGUUGAGUGCAUGUGAUGAGUCCUCUGAUUGUAAGUACAAUUGAGACUGACACAGUACAACAGCAUUUAGUUUCGACAAAUGACAGUGCAGGGUUGAAGGAGGUAAAUCGGCAUGGGUGUGAAAGUGAUAUGACACUACUGGUGGACAUAACAGAGGCUCUCCAGUCUCUAACCUAAUUCAUACAAAACAUGGUCACAGUAAUGUUACCUCAGUACAUUAUACCAUCCUACAUCAUAUUAGAUGUAUAGAUCAUCUUGGCACUGUACCGUAACUGAUCUAAUACAUUGCAUUUCUCAUAUCGAAGGAAAAUGUGUCACAAACACUCCAGCGAGUAUAUGAAUCAACACUCUGCAAUAAUAAUACCUAUACAUGUAAAUUAAUCUCCAGUCCAGGUCCAUGCUUUAUCCGCCUCUGUAGCCACAGAUAAUGAAUGUAAGGUGUUGCUCUGUAGAUGUUAGUUGAGUAGGAAGGCUAGAUGUCAGGCUGUUUGAGUCUAUCUACAGAACUCAGGAUCUGUUGUUUAUCAAAGAAACUGUAUAAAACUGAACACUCUUAUAUAUGCAUACAUAUUCAUAAGUCAAUACCCAUCCAUGCAUGAUCAGAACAAGAGAAUGAGCAAGAGAAAGAGAACAGAUCUUCAGCUCAGGAUUUUGUAUCGAGACAUUUUAUCAUCCAUCCCUCCCUCUGCAGGGGGGGUGACAGGGACAGCAGACUGGGCUAUGUGGAUCUAUGGGAGAAGAGCGUUAGACAACUCUCUGAGAAUACAUGGGGACUUCAUUUGCUAGUUUUUUUUUUAGAUGGCAAGCAUUUUUCCUCAACACCGCCCACCCCCAUUCCAUCCCUGCUCCCUAUAACCAAAAAGAGAUUGAGCCAGUUCUAAGGCUUCCUUCCACACAGUGACAGGUUGAGCGGAGGAGUCAAUGAGAGGGAGGAGUGGAUAGGACUUUAGACUUAUUCAAAGUUAUAGUGAAAAUAUCAUGAACUGAAGGACUAUGGAGGUGACGACAUAAACCAAGUUCAUGCAAAAAAAUAUUAACUGUUGCAAAAACUAGUGAACACAUAUACUCCUUUAGAAUGUAUUGAAGACAUUAUUAACGCAAUAGCAUAUUACUCAAUACUUAGGAAUGCAACUGCGCACAUGCACAGAAAAUGUUUUUAAUAUAAAUGAAUAUAUAUAUAAUAUAUGAAAAUAUAUAUUUACUUAGAAUGCUAUGCACCCUUGUCAACAGGAUUAUAGUAAUGUUAUGGAUGUACUUUUGGCAUCAUAGCUACCAAGAGACUGUUGAGUUAUGGGUAAUGCCUGAAACCUGGGAAAAAUAGGGGUCUUGUGGGUAUUUUAACUUGUUUUGUUUGCUUUUUUUAUUGUUAUGAAGAGGUCAAAUAUGGAAAACGUAUAUCAAUGUACAAUCCUUUUAAUCAAAUGGAAUCCGAUGACAUCUAUAGAUAAUCUACCCUGUACACCAGCUCAAAUCAUUUACAAAAUUAAUAAAGAAAUGAAAUGUC